CGCCCCCACGUCGCGUCCCGCUUCCGGCCCCAGUGGUCCGGGUCCGUGUCCAGCGGUAGCAGGUCGCAUGGGGCCAGUGCGACUCAUGAAGGUGUUCAUUACCCGCAGGAUCCCCGCCGAGGGCAGGGCCGCCCUCGCGCGAGCCUCAGACUGUGAAGUGGAACAGUGGGACUCAGAUGAGCCCAUCCCCUACAAGGAUCUGGAGCGAGGCCUGACCGGAGCACACGGCCUGCUUUGCCUCCUCUCUGACUGUGUGGACAAGAAGCUCCUGGAUACUGCAGGAGCCAAUCUCAAAGUCAUCAGCACAUUGUCCGUGGGCGUCGACCACUUGGCUUUGGACGAAAUCAAGAAGCGAUGUUUGAUUCAUAGCGGGAUCCGUGUGGGCUACACCCCAGAUGUCCUGACAGACGCCACUGCGGAACUUGCUGUCUCCCUGCUGCUCACCACCUGUCGUCGGCUGCCAGAAGCCAUUGAGGAAGUGAAGAAUGGUGGCUGGACCUCGUGGAAGCCCCUGUGGUUGUGUGGCUAUGGCCUCAAGGAGAGCACCGUUGGCAUCAUUGGGCUGGGGCGCAUAGGCCAGGCCAUUGCUCGGCGUCUGAAACCAUUCGGUGUCCAGAGAUUUCUAUACACAGGGCGCCAGCCCAAGCCUAAGGAAGCAGCAGAAUUCCAGGCAGAGUUUGUGACCACCUCCCAGCUGGCCGCCGAGUCUGAUUUCAUCAUCGUGUCCUGCUCCUUAACGCCUGCAACCAAGGGGCUCUGCAACAGCGCCUUCUUCCAGCAAAUGAAGAAAACAGCCGUGUUUGUCAACAUCAGCAGGGGAGAAGUGGUAAACCAGGAUGACCUGUACCAGGCCUUGACUAGCAGCCAGAUUGCAGCUGCUGGACUGGACGUGACGACCCCAGAACCAUUGCCCACAAACCACCCUCUCCUGACCCUGAAGAACUGUGUGAUCCUGCCCCACAUCGGCAGUGCCACCUAUGGAACCCGAAACACCAUGUCCUUGUUAGCAGCUAACAACUUGCUGGCUGGCCUGAGAGGGGAGCCAAUGCCCAGUGAAUUCAAGCUGUAGCCAGAUGAGACCGCGAGGGCCAGGAAUCAAACUGGCCCAGGGUGCUGUCAGGUGCUGCAGGUGCUUGAUUUGGACCCACAGGACGGGAGCUAAGGAAAAGUUCGACCUCUUCUGAUUCCGUGGAGGGAAGAUUGGUGCUGAUAGAUGUGCUUGCCACUUUUGUGGUUGGAAACAUCUGAGCCAAAAGCAUGUAAUUCUAUUAAAUAAUUCUCUGAGA